AUGGCGGCCGGACCGAUAGCCGAGCGCAAUCAAGGUAAUGUGCGAAUUUUCUUUCUUUCUCAGAAGGCUCUGCCAUUUGGCUUGCCUAUGCCAAGUAUCUAUGAUAUCACUGGGUAUAUUUCUGCUACGCUAUUCGUCAACUCGUGUUUACGAUGCCUAUUUACUAAUUGAUUACCACAGCAUCAAUUAUCGUAGUAAGAACGUUUGAUCGUUUUCUGGUCCUUUGAUCAUGAUUUGUUAAACACUACAUGCAGCUCUCGUUAAAUCUAUGCGUUCUAAGGAAAGUGUUUUGUCAGUUAAAGCAGGAAUUCUUCACUUGUCGUACUAGUGUGCUCAGGUGAUCUUUGUUAAGACACACAAGAAACGAGGACGUUAAUUGCAUUUCGUUGAGAUCUUAUUCAUGUUGAGAUCUAGAUAAACUCGCAACGUUUGAACAUCGAGUUUUUUAUUCACGUGAGGGACUGCUUAGUACAGAAUAAGCUUAGGAGUCGCUGAGUUAAAAGCUCAAAGUGCCCUUUUUUAAGUUUUGAAUAUUGUGUCUUUUCUUUGAUCAAUGCGAGAAACGACAAACGGAAAUUCAGGAUCUUCCCCUUUGGCUGUGGACCGGCGAUUUUCGAGAUCUGUAAUUCUUUUCGUUGCCAGCAAUUAAAAUCGCUCUAAACCCCAUGUUUUACAAAGAUUUUCUCAUUUGGAUUAAAAGUUAAACAAAUCACUGUUCAAGUUCUCUGCCUAUUCAGACUUAAUCUUCUUUAUUUACUCAAUUUUUGCUAGUACAUAAUAAUUGUUUCUAUUACCCUUCCCUACUCUCAAGACCAGUGGUGUAGUCUGAAACUACUUAUGCAACUGAACAGCUGUUUUUGUUGUAAAAUAAUUCAGAAUAAACCAAUGCUUACAGAGUGCUUAUGUUGAGUAUUUAAUGCAGUUUCAAAGUAUGACAAAAUGAUGAAAAACAAGCAAACAAAUGUUACUAUGUCCAUUUUUUAUUCUUUUCAAUUCAAAUAGAUGCCACAAUUUAUGUGGGUGGAUUAGAUGAAAAAGUUGCAGAAACCCUCUUGUGGGAACUGUUUCUUCAAGCUGGACCAGUUGGUAAGUGAAGGCUGUUAGUUUUGAUCUCAUACCAAGCAACCAGGGUUGAGAUUUUGUAUAUCAUUGCUACAUGAUGUACUGUAUGUGCAGUAUGCAUUCUUAUUGAUAUAAAGGUGAUCUCUGUAGGAGACACUCUGGCCCUAGACUCAGGGUAAAGAGGUCCUGUGUGCAGACCUGGUGUGAUUAUUGUGAUGCAUUUUUUGUCAAAACACUUUUCUCUCACAGCAUCUCUCUCUACUUAGGAGUGCAAAUGGGCACAGGCAAACUGCCAGGGUAACCCAGCAAAAUGCCGGGGGAUAAAUUGCAAUGGACUUUAGUGCCAUCCAGGAGACUCAACAAUGUUCUCAUCUGCUUCCUUCUAAAGAAAACAGGAAAAGUUAUGGCCAUAUAAGCCCAUCAGCUCAAUUCUUGACUUUCUACAUGUAUUUACCUAUUUCUUUAGUGAAUGUGCACAUGCCUAAAGAUCGCAUCACCCAGCUUCAUCAAGGGUAUGGGUUUAUUGAAUUCCUUGGAGAAGAGGAUGCUGAUUAUGCCAUCAAAGUGAUGAACAUGAUAAAAGUAUACGGGAAGCCAAUUAGAGUGAACAAGGUAGAUUAUGCCUGACUGUAUAAUUAUGUUUUGUUAUUAAUUGUUUGGCACUGUUAGAGAAGCACCUUAAAGAUGAUAAUCUCUUCAAGUUGUGUUAUUUUAUCUACUGUAUGCAAUGAAUGGGUGGAAAUUAGAUGUGAUUAGUUGUUCUUGAAAGUGUCAAGUUCAUGUUUUGUUUCUACUGUAAGAACCAACUUUAUUUUGGAAUUUCAGGCAUCAGCGCACAAUAAGAACCUUGAUGUGGGUGCCAACAUUUUCAUUGGCAAUCUUGAUCCAGAGAUUGACGAGAAACUGCUGUAUGACACAUUUAGUGCUUUUGGAGUUAUUCUUCAAACCCCAAAGGUAAUGCAUUUUACAUGUUACCACUUGCAAAGAGCUGCUUGAAGAGAAAUGAGUGAAGGGUGAUUGAUAUUUGGUUGUGUAAAUUUUUGUACUUAGAACUGUGGGUUGGCAUAAUGAUUACAAGUAAAGCAUUGAUUGUAAAGGGUGAGCUGCAAUUAUAGAAAAGAAGCCUGCAAAAAAAUUCAGGGUUUGCUGGGAUUUGAACCAGUGUCUCCCAGAUGCAUGUACAUGUACUAGCUGGGCCCGGCUACCAAGUGAGCUAGGAAGGCACACAUUGGGAAUGGGGCACAUUUCAGAGGGUUUUUCUUUCCCAUGGAAUAAUCUGACUAUAAAUUUCAAUGAAAUAAGUUUAACCUCUUUAACUUGCAUUUUUGAUGAUAAUAAAAACUUACAUGUUCCUUUAGUCCAUUUUUCUUUGAUUGUGCAAAUAAAAUAAAUUUAGAGAAUAAGCUAUCACUAGAUACACAAAUAUCUCUGUAGUGAUUUCAAUGUUAAGUAUCUCCCACUGAUCGUAAGCACACAUGUACCAAUUAUCAAUGGAAUAUAUUUUUUGGGGAGUGGUUGAAGUUUUGAAAACAAAUUGCGCAGGAUAAACUGUACAUUUGUUCACAUUUUAAAGUUAAUUUGUCAAAAAGUCAUUUAAUCAGUCAAUUUAAUAGUCUCAUAUACAAUCAGGUGGUCCAGCUACAUGUACAUGUAACAUUGUUGUAAUCAAUCAAAUUAUGUGAGAUAUCUCAUCGUGGAAUGUCCUAAACACUUGUAGAUCAUGCGGGAUCCUGAGACUGGUAACUCCAAAGGCUUUGCAUUCAUCAACUUUGCAAGUUUUGAAGCAUCUGAUGCUGCCAUGGAAGCUAUGCACGGGCAGUACUUGUGCAAUCGACCAAUUACAAUUUCUUAUGCCUUUAAGAAGGAAUCAAAGGGUGAGAGACAUGGGUCUGCAGCAGGUAUGGGUGUUUUCUAACUUGCUUUUCUUACAUGCACAACUUGUUAACCCUUUAAUUCCCAAGAUCUGAUCAUCAGUUCUCCCCUCCAGUUACUACACAUUUCCUUGUAAAUUGAUUACGAGAAUUUGGUGUUCAAAUAAGGUAAUAACUUGUACCUGAUGAGUUUUAAUAUUCUCACUGCCUGUUAGCUGUAUAAUGUAUGGAUACUCUAGGGAGAGGUUACAUAGUAAUUACUUCUGGGAGUUUAAAGGUUGAAAUAAUAUACUUUGAUUUUUCACACAAGUAUAUUUGUUAGGUGCAUUGUCUUGUUAGUGUGUUAGAAUGUUGUUCUGAUGAAAUUGCUUUUCAUUUACUUCUCUCACGAUAUCAACUCUCUAUGCAAUUUCUCUUUCUGGUAGCCAUUAAUAGCCCUUUGAGCUCCAUUCUCUGAGAGUCACCCCUUCUAUUAUUUGGAGCUUCUGCCCUCCCCCCUUCCCCACCCCUAUAAUAAGCCCCCUUCCCCCCUUCCCCCCCUCCCUUUUCCCCGUGGACAAAAGCUAUGAAAAUAUUCCUGUUAGUGUAGUAACAAUCAGAGGUAAAGCAUAUAAUUUGCAUUUUGGCUCUCAUCAAUGAUUUUUGGUAAACCCCUCUCCCCUUGAAAUGAGCCUUUCCCCCCCACAUUUGAUAUGACAUGAGCUUACUCUCAAUUUAUCUUCUCUUUCCAGAGCGUCUAUUAGCAGCACAGAAUCCUCUUGCCCAAGCCGACAGACCUCAUCAGCUGUUUGCAGAUGCACCUCCAGCUCCUGCUGCUUCUGUAGCACCACCAGCAGUUACCUCAAUCAUGCCCCCUGCAGUCAUGGCUGUACCUCCACCUUCUGCCAUGCCCAAUAUGCCCAACAUGCCUCCUGGUGGACCACCAAUGCCACCUGUUCCACCGGGUAUGCCUCCUCCUGGUAAGUGGUUCUGCAUCUAAUGGCACAUUACAAUAUCAGUUUACAUUUAAUUCUUGGAGUUGUUGAGAGUCCAGUCUCUCUCUCUCUACCCUUGUAGCCAACCCUUUAGGUAGAUAAGCUCAUUUUUAUUCAUGUGUACACUUUAUUUUCAGUUCAUGGACUAUUUUGCAUCAUGGUUUGUUUCUUGUUCUAGGUAUGCCUCCUCCUGGCAUGAUGCCACCUGGCUUCCCACCACCAGGAAUGUUCCCUCCACGAAUGCCCGGCAUGCCUAUGAUGCCUGGACCUCCUGACCAACUACCACCCCCACCCCCACCCGGUGCACUUGGUCCACCAGGCCAAAUGCCACCUCCACCCCCUCCAAUGGAGGGAGGUCAGUUUAUGCCACCUGUGCCGCCAAACAUGCCACCACCUCCUCAGGUCAGUAUCAUGUACUGAUAGUGUGUCAGUCUGUUUUUUUUUUCUUUUUUCAGGAGACCCAAUCUUGUAUUUUUCUUUCAAGGGUGUAGCCAAGACAAAGGGUUGGAGAAGGUGGACAGCACCAAAAUUUCCAUGGGCCUGACAUUUAGAGACAUUACGUUGCGGGAAGUUCAUUUCCACGUGGCAAAAAGGAAAAUGGGGAAAAGAUUAUGCUCUGUAAAUUCUUUGGAUUUGCGCAUUUUAGCAGACCUGAGUUGUAGAAUUUGAAUGUAAAAUUUGUCUCUCAAAAAAAAGAGUCGUUUACACCCCAAGAAAAUCUCUACUGGAUACGCCCCUGUUCUCGUCAGACCGCUUUACUGGAAUAGUCAAGUAAUGUCAACAUAGCAAAAAUGGGUUGUAAAUUAAUCUCUGACGUGCGAUUUUGUCUCUUCGGCUGCUCUGAGGUGAAUAGUGCUCGCAAAUCACCUUCGACUAGCCAAUCAGUGAGCGCUGAAAGCACUAUUCACAGGUGAAUGAUGAAGAGGAAAUUUGUCCAACAGGUGCCUGCAGAAAGAAAAAAGAUAAAUUACUGAUUCUGUAGGCCCUCUCAGGUUUACUGAAUAUUUAAUACUUAUUGUUCGUAUUUCCAUAGCCUCUUCUUGGUCAAGGACCGUCAUCAGAUCAAGGAAAUCUUUUACCAAGGCCUCCUCAUUCACAGUUCCAACCUCCUGGCAACAGACCACACCCGCCAAAUGAUAUGGGACCAACAAGCGGAAUACCAAGUCUUCUUGGGCCUCCUCCUAUGCCUUUUGGGAUGCCUCCUCGAGGUAAGUGCUGACGCUGGCUAGGUUUCUAGUCUGCACAUUAGGCGCAGUGUUUGGCAAACUUCUGUAACAGCAUUGUCACUCCUCGCAAUAUAGUUGUUGAAUAUCUUGAGUCUGCUAUUGUUUAUGUACAUGAAGAUAGGAGUGUCACGGGCACUGAUAGAGAAAAAUAUAGAGUAUAGUAUCAUUAAUCAAGGGAUACAAGAGUUGAAUAGCGAUUGACCGAUCGAUGAAUGAACGAAUUGAUGGAAAGGUGUCGUCCUCCGAUUUUAUUGUAUUCAAGACAACCUUGUAUUUUCAAAAAACAGUUAGCUGUUGUGUACUUUUUUACGAAAAGGUUUAACCGUGGCUGGUUUGAUUGUUGACUGAAAUUGAGCAUCUGUGCACAAGUAUGUACUCGUUAACCUUUUAAUUCCCAGAAGAGAUUAAUAUGGAACUUCUCCUUAUAAUAUUCAACAUUAUCCAGCAAACAGGUAUCGAGAAAACCCCAACUUAUCAGGUAGAAGUUGUUAUCUUGAUCCAACACUAAAUUGUCACAACUGAUUGACAAGGAAAUGUGUAGCCGCUAGAGGGGAGAAUUAACAAUUAGAUCUUGGGAGUUAAGGGUUAAUAAUGAAAAUGACGAUGAUAACGACGAUGAUGAUGGUGACAGUAACAAUAAUAAUCACACGAAAUUAUGUUCCUUCCUCAGGUCCUUUUCCGCCACCUCGCUUUGGGCCCCCUCCACCUCAUUAACAAAUAAUGUACCUUAAAAAAACCUUCGUUAACUUCAGCUAAAAGUGUUGGAAGUAGGAGAUUCAUCAGCUACACAGCUUUUUGAGCGCAUGGAAACGGAUGACUGUUGUGUAGGGAAGGAGAUCAAUGGCGACCGUUCUUGUACAGACCACAGCGAAAUAUGGUUUUGCUGACGGCAAAUUGUGUUUUCAGACAGAUGUCGCCUUUGUUUUGUUUUGUUUUGUUUUUUUCUUGAGAACGUUGUUACGCAAAGUACACCGAAAACACGUUUAUCUGGGAAAAGAAGAGAAAGAACUCCCUAACAAGCCCUUUUUCCUUCUGUUUGUAAAUAAAAAUGUCUCGUACUUUGAGGAACGUCCUUUUCUGCCAUUAUUGUCCCAGUCCUGAUUUUUAUUAACUUUAUAAGACGCUAUAUAGUCUCUUGCAAGAGACUUUAGAGUCUCGUACAGUUACGCGGGCCAGUACGAUCAAAAUUACUUCAAUUCCAAACAUGUGAUGCUCUUUUAAACAUGGCUGAUCUUAGCAGUGUGCACGACACGUGUCACGUAUGAAUUUCUUCAUGGCCAAGCUCACCAAUGAGUCCUUUGAAGCGCAGUGGUUUGGUGUCUGAGCGCGAAAUCAGAAUGUCUCGGGUAAGACGGGCUUAGUAAUUUCGAUGCCCCUACGUGAGUUGCAUAGCAACCGACCCCUCACGAUAAACUUUCAUUUGUCAGUUGCGGGAUCAACUUUUCAUUUUAAUUGCCUCCGUUUUGUUGCCAACUUAACUAUUUCCUAAGUUGUACGUUAAAAAAAAAAUGAAAAAAUAUAAAGAG